AUGGGUUUUCCUAAUGAUUAUUCUAUAUGGGAUGUUAAUCUCACUAAAGUAUAAUAAGAAAUUGCUUAGAUUGCUAAAACUAUCUCUAAAUAUGAGCCUCUUAAUCUAAUCGUUGACUCAGAUGCUACUAAGCAGCUUGCACAAAGUUUACUUUCAAAUAUAAAUAUUGUAAGUUAAUUCCCUAUUACUUUAGUAAUUCAACCAAUAAACGAUUUAUGGUUAAGAGACACUGGUGCUACUUUUGUUUUUGACCUGAAAAACCAAAAGCUUGGAGGAGUUGAUUUUAAUUUUAAUGGAUGGGGUAAUAAAUAAAAGCAUAAUUAUGAUUAAAAUAUUGCUAAUUUCAUUACUACUUAUGACAAAAUUUAAAGAAUAACUACAUCCUUGGUUAUGGAAGGAGGUGGCUUAGAGGUAGAUGGAGAAGGUACAGCAAUUCUUGCAGAGAGCUGUAUUCUUAAUAUCAACAGAAAUCCUGGAUGGUCUAAGUCUUAAGUAGAAUAGGAGUUGUCUUAUCUUCUAGGAAUCAAAAAAUUUAUUUGGGUACCUGGAGUAAAAGGUACUGAAAUUACAGAUGGACACAUUGACUUUUAUGCAAGAUUUAUAGGAAAAGCUCAGCCUGGUAAAGUCUUGGUUCAUAUGGAUAGCAGCGAUCCAUCAACUUAGUAAAAUUUUAACAUAAUUCAAAGCUCAACUGAUGCUAAGGGUAGAAAAUUAAUACCUAUUCCUAUCUAAACUCCUGAUCCAUCUAAAAUGAGAAGUACAAUUGUUAAAGGAGAUAGCAGUGCUGUAGGAUACUGUAACUUCUACUUACUUAAUAAUGCUGUCAUUUUAGCUAACUUUGGCGACUAAGCUGCAGACUAAAAUGCAAAAUAAAUAUUGCAAAAUGCAUUCCCAGGUAGAACUAUUGAGAUGGUUGCAAUUGACAAUAUUGUAAAUGGAGGAGGAAGUGUUCACUGUUCAACUCAACAAGACAUUUUGUAUUAAGCUAAAAAAUUAUUUUAUGACUCUUACCCAUAUUAAGGCCAUUUAAAAAGAUUAUCAUGUUGA